GUCAGAGUCAGGUCAUUUUUGGCGCCGGCAACUCAUGAUUUGGGAUGGCCAUGCCAAGGAUAACAAGGAUCCUUGAUUGGGGAUGGCGCGCUUCGGGAGUCCGCAAUGGCCAGCGUCUCUCCAUCGCCGAAAUUUUGGAGAACGCAUCGCGUGGAGGAGAGGAGGUUUCAUUGCCAGCGCCCAUUGCCACCAACUACUGGGUCCAUCGCAAUUCCGGAGACGAAUCCAGCUCCGACGACAUCUUCACUUCCCAAUCGCACGCUCGUUUUCCGCGCAGGCCCCUCGCGGGCAAAAACCUCCAACCCUCCGCUCCUUCACCAACCUCACGCCGUUCCCAUCCACGCUCCUCCCAACAGCAACCAUGUCCCUCGUCAACCUCGCCCACGUCUGCUCCCACCUGCAAAACGCCUCCAAAGCCCGACUAGCCGUCACCUCGAUCCCCGUGUCCAAACUGCACGUGAAGCUCAUGCUGGGCCUGCAGCGCGAAGGCUUCCUCUCCAGCCUCACAUUGGGCGGUCCCACGCCGCCGAAACCGUUUCUCCUGCAGGCGCAACCCUCGCCCGAGCAUCUGGACAACAUGGCCGACCUGCUACGGGAGCAGCCGUGGUUAGCGUACCCCGUGGCGGAUAGGAAACAGCCGCGCGCAGUCCGGGCGCUGCUGCAAAUGCAAACGACGACGAACGGCGGAGCCGAUGAAGCAGCCGGCGAACCGGGAGCCGAAAGCACCACCACCAAGAUUUCCGCUUCACAACUCCCCUCGAUAAAUACCUCGUCCCCGCUCACCCGCCCCGGCGACGCCUCCGAAGUCCACGUGCCCCUCAACCCCGCGAAACGCCGCCUCUGGCUCGGCCUCAAGUACUACCAAAACGAGCCCGUCCUCAAGCACAUGAAACUCGUGAGCAAACCGACGCGCAGGAUAUGGCUGACGAGCGAGGAUCUGGGCAAGAUUACGCGGACGAGGGAGAGCGCGUUCGUGAAAGGGUUGACGCAUCCCGGCGAGUGCAUGUUUGUGACGACGGAUCGGGGGAUUCUGGAGGCGAGGGAGUGUGUGGAGAGAAGGAUCGGUGGGAUGGCGCUUUGUCGGGUUUGGUAAAAGAAGGAUUGGGAGGGGUGUGUGGGAUGAGAAAGGAUGUACUGUAUUUUCUCGCGGUUGCGGAUCCUUGUAUGACCAUUCGUUGGGGGAUUGAAGAAGGAUAUAGGGCGUUCGAUCCGCAAGCAUAUUGUGGGAAUAGAUGGAUCGCACGUGUUGUUGUGCGCGAAUUGUAUGCAUAUAGAGGCACGAGUCUCAUGUACCAGUACCAAUGCAAAGAAAUUAGCCCAAUUCAACUCUGUGCUCCCACAUACUCUGUGCUCCCUCAUCUUUGCCGUAUGUGCAAACCCCAGUCAAGACUCGAGUUCGCACUUCCCGCUAUGUUCCUUCGCCAUAGAUCCUUUCAUAUGUGACUCAUACAAAUCGUAACCUUUCUUUCUAGACCGUCUACCGGCUACUA